AUGGCUUUAUGUCAGAAUCGAUUACAGGAAGAGCGGAAGCAGUGGCGGCGUGACCACCCCUUUGGUUUUUACGCCAAGCCCGCGCGUACAAAGGAGGGAGUUUUAGACUUGAAGAACUGGGAAUGCGGUGUUCCUGGAAAGGAAAAGACCAUCUGGGAAGGUGGCCUGUUCAAGCUGACUAUUGCGUUCCCAGAGGAAUAUCCCACCAAACCACCGAAAUGCAAAUUUGUACCCCCACUGUUUCAUCCAAACGUCUACCCUUCAGGCACCGUUUGUCUUUCCAUCCUCAACGAAGAAGAGGCAUGGAAACCGGCGAUUACCGUGAAGCAGAUCUUGUUGGGUAUCCAGGAUCUCCUAAACGACCCGAACCCUGAGUCGCCUGCCCAGGCCGAUGCGUACAAUUUAUUCAAGAGAGAUAGAGUGGAAUACGAAAAGCGAGUCCGCCGUGUUGUGCGCGAAAACCCAGCGCCUUGA